UGAUCACUGACUCCCUGAGUCCGCCCUAGUUUUAAAUUAUUUUUAUGAAUGCAUACUUGCAGUACGUAGUGAUUGAAUUUUUCUUGGGGCUUUACUACUGGUACAUAAUACGUCUGAACCGCUCCCAUUUUGAAAUGUCAAAGGAGCAACAGAGGUUACAAUUAGGAAGCUGAAGGCGUUUUUGGGUUGAAGCAGAUGUAAGGACUUCUCGGCCGCUUUCCGUGGCGUGUUACAGUGUGAUGAGGGCUUGAGUCUCGAAUUCACGUCUCAGCCAACGAGUGUCCCUGGACAUUGUGCACAGUAUGCAGCUUUGGGGAGAUCAGACCUUCGUUGGGUGUGAGGAUGGCCUGCUGUUUUGCGGUGUUGGGAUCAAACUCAGAAUCUCCGGCGUGCUAGGCAAUGGUAUAGCCAGGUGCUGUGCCUCUAAGCUGCUCCCCAGCCCGAGGCUCCUUAUUCUCAACCCAAACAGCAGAUGCGCGCACAGAUGGGAUAGUAAGAGGACCCGGAGACUGACCUGCCUCAGCGUAGUGAAGGGAGCAGGAUUUUUACCUCCUAUAACUCCACCGGAGAAGUUUUUUCUUUCCCAGCUGAUGCUGGCACCCCCAAGGGAGCUCUUCAAAAAGACUCCUCGCCAGAUUGCGCUGAUGGAUGUGGGAAACAUGGGCCAGUCGGUGGACAUCAGCGGGCUCCAGUUAGCCUUGGCUGAACGCCAGUCGGAACUGCCAACGCAGAGUAAAGCCAGCUUCCCUAGUAUUCUUAGUGAUCCAGACCCAGAUUCUUCUAAUUCUGGAUUUGACAGCUCAGUGGCUUCUCGGAUCACAGAAUCUUUGGUCAGUGGACCCAAACCACCUAUCGAAAGCCAUUUUCGCCCAGAAUUUAUCCGUCCACCUCCUCCGCUGCAUAUUUGUGAAGAUGAACUGGCUUGGCUCAAUCCCACAGAGCCCGACCAUGCGAUUCAGUGGGAUAAGUCCAUGUGUGUUAAGAAUAGCACCGGGGUAGAGAUCAAGCGAAUCAUGGCCAAAGCCUUCAAAAGCCCUCUAUCGUCUCCCCAGCAAACACAGCUCCUUGGUGAGUUGGAGAAAGACCCCAAACUUGUUUAUCAUAUUGGCCUCACUCCAGCCAAACUUCCAGACCUAGUGGAAAACAACCCUCUGGUUGCAAUAGAAAUGCUGCUGAAAUUAAUGCAGUCCAGCCAGAUCACCGAGUACUUCUCUGUCCUGGUCAAUAUGGACAUGUCCUUACACUCAAUGGAAGUUGUAAAUCGACUAACUACAGCUGUUGAUCUACCUCCUGAAUUUAUUCACCUUUAUAUAUCAAAUUGCAUCUCUACUUGUGAACAAAUUAAGGAUAAGUAUAUGCAGAAUCGUUUGGUGCGUCUUGUGUGUGUCUUUCUCCAGUCCUUGAUUCGUAACAAAAUUAUUAAUGUGCAGGACUUGUUUAUCGAAGUGCAGGCUUUCUGUAUAGAAUUCAGUAGGAUACGAGAAGCUGCAGGUCUGUUCCGGUUGUUGAAGACAUUGGAUACUGGGGAAACACCUUCGGAGACCAAAAUGUCAAAAUAAUACCUCAUUAGAAGUACCCUACCCUAUUCAUCGUUCAACUGUAUUGUGCUUAGUUUUUAAAACUUGAAUUUUUUAAAAUUCAAGAGUGGAUUGCUUGCUCUAAUACAUAUACAUUUAUGUACUUAAAGCAAAAAUGUUUUUCCAGGAUGACUUUUUCCUAUAGAUGAACUUUUGUAAGGACCUAGGAAAAUGUCUUUUAAGUGUCUUGCUGAUGACUGUCCGUAGUGGACCCCUAAUCUCCAAAAAUACUGAAAGAAAGGAGGUGAUUCUUUUCUUAUUCCUUUUUUGUGGUAGCACUAAAGAACAAAUUGCCUGCUUUUGGUUAAAAGGCAAGAUACAGGGUUCUUAUAAAUCAGAAAUCCUUUCCUAAGGUUCCAGUGUUAAAGACAUUUUAAGAAUUUGUGAUAUUUUGCUUGUGGUGGUGACAGCAGUUGGGUGUAGCUCUUGCCAUCUCAUGAAGAAGCCUGAACCAAGACUGCACUUGUAACUAUCCUGCUUUUUGUGGGGACUUUUAAUUAAUAGAACACAGAAUAAAAAUGUCUCCCGGGCCUUUUCUAAAUACAGGAGCCUUCAGGAACCUUUUCUAUUUUCUUUUUUUUUUUGGCACUGGGAAUCAAACUCUUGGUGGCGGAAUCACUGAGCUAAAAUCCCUGGUCCAGGAACCUUUUCUAGCAUUUUUUCUUUCUUUAUUUCCCCACUCGAGAUAAUACUGUUACUAGCCAUUUUUUGGUCUUAAUUUUAAGGAAAAAGAUGAGUAUUUGGGAGGUGGUGUUGCCCCCAGGAGCCCAUUGCCCGUGGGGUGGUUGGAGAUGAGAGCAGGGUGGUGCCUGGCUGUCAUCCUCUGACUUUGGAUAACAGUGCCUUCCAUUAAAGUUCUUUAUUAUCAA